GUGGGAGAUCAGAUUAUUGAAAUCAACGGGGAAACUACGAGAGACAUGACCCACACCAGAGCAAUAGAACUCAUCAAAUCCGGUGGACGAAGAGUACGGUUGUUACUAAAACGUGGAACCGGGCAGGUCCCAGAAUAUGACGAACCAAACUCCUGGAGGGCCCCCGCUGCCACCUCCCCAGGUCUGUCGGAAAUAACUCUUUCCCCCGAUGACAUUGUCCUGCCAUUAUCUUCAUCGCAUCUAGCCCAACCCUCUGACCCUUCCUGCCAGAUAAGCCCAGACUCAGCUUGGGAUAUCAAGAGGGAACAUCACGUCAACAAGCCAAAGGAGUUUCCGGUCAACGGCCACAGGAAGAAAAGGUUAGGCGAACAGACGGAGCGGCCUGCCAGUCCCAAGAAGGUAGAUAGGUCAAAACACGAAGAGGUAUGGCGGAAAACAAGCUCGGAAGGCAAGAGUACGGAGAGCGGAAGGCCGUUGCCGGAAACUAAGGCAGGAGGACUCAACCCAAUGGCCGAGGAUGGUGUCAGAGGACAUGGAUGUGCUGGAACCAACGAGGAAUGGGUUGGGAGAUCCAAGAGCAAACGAGGAGGAUCCCUUGGAGGAAAGGAUCCUUACGUCACGGUGGCGGCGGAGAAGAAGUCAACCGAGCACGUCAAGUUGGAUUCCAUUGGUGCUACCAAGGCGUAUAGUAGCAAUAGUUGCAGCUCCCACGGAAGUGACGUGGAUCACAGCCUGAAAGAACCCGAGAGGAAGCCCGGCGAAUUCCCAUGGAAGGGACACGCCCACCCCAUCCCGACCCACAACCCCAACCCCACCGCUCGGAAGGCAACGGUCUCUCCGGGGCCAUGGAAAAUCCCUGGCUCCGAUAAGUUACCCGGGAUCUUAAAAUCCACCCCUUCUGCCAUGAGCAGAUAAGCCAUCCGCGACUGCUGCCUUCUCGUGGUCCGCGGGGAUGCAGAAACAAGCCCCUCUAUUUCUGCCUCCCCCCUCCCCUCAUUUUAAUUUAUUUUAACUCAUCCGCUCGAAAUGACGGGAAACAAAACAAAACGAAAAGCCGUUAACGUGUAACUCUGCGACAACAUGCAUAACAUGCAUCUGCGUCUUAAUACGUUCAUGGAAGAUAAAAGAGUAUCUAAACGUGACCUUGAAGUCCCCAGUUUCAUUUUAGAGACUUUGGCAGCUACGGAAGAAACCAAAAUUAAUAUGAAAGGGACGGUUGACCCCCCCAUGCAGUGUAGCUUUACUCUUGACGUUUCCCACUGCAUGAUGGUCUUGGAAAUGACUUCUCUCUUCUUUUUUCUUUUUUUUUUCCAAUUCAGACUUUAUAUCGAGAAACUGGAAGAAGUUAGAGCAAUCAUAAACUGGAACAUCGCCUUAAAUAAAAACUGCACGGGGAAAGUGAAAAGUGGAAAAAAAAAAUAGAAUAUUUUAUCUGAACUCAAUGUUGUAAAUAAAUAGUUCUCGGCAUAUCUAGACAGGGGUUGAAGCAUUGACAUUGUAAAUCCAUGCUAUGUCUCUACUGUUAACACUUUUUGGGGGAAAAUGAAAAAAAAAAACAAGAGAACCAAAUGUGUCCAAUGUUAGUAUCAUAAUUCAUGAUGAGGCACCCUAGUGAGUUCGCUAAAGCAGAAUCAUUUUUUACGUCCAUUUUGUGAGCCAACCAUAUUUCCGUACACGGAGAAAUUAAGAGUGGAAUUACGUUCGGAAACCUGGGCUGAGAUCGAUUCCUCUCCCAGACAGGCCCCCACCUACAGAAUUGGAUCUCCAAAUAUCACCUAGGUCAGGGGUCUCCAACCUCCCCCCCCCUC